UUUCUGAGCCACAUCUUUUAGUUCGAAUCCAUCUGUUGCGCUUUAAACACCCGAAAAAAAAAGAAACUCUAAAUAAUACUCGUUGCCGUACUAGCAACACGCCAUCAUGUCAAAUCUACUGGAUCAGGUAAAUCCGGAGCUGUUUCGUAUCUACGCCUUCUGGAGUGUGAUUUUGGUGGCGAAAAUGCUGCUCAUGUCACUAUACACUACGGUGACGAGAUUCAGGAAGAUGGCAUUUAUAAAUCCCGAGGAUGUUAAAUCAAUCAGUGCCAAGCUCAAAGUCAUAUUUGGCGAUCCGGACGUAGAACGAGUUCGCAGAGCCCACCGCAACGACCUGGAAAACAUUCUGCCCUUCUUCGUGGUGGCAUUCCUGUACCUGCUGACCAAUCCGGAUCCUCGGUGGGCCACUAAGUUGAUCCGUGCCGUGGUCGUCAGCCGAAUCGUGCAUAGUUUAGUCUACGGCUUGAUGCCGGUGCCGCAACCGGCCCGACUCCUCAGCUUCGGAGUCACCAUGCUAGUGACGUUUUAUAUGGUCGUCCAGUGUGCUCUCUACUUCGUGUGAACUGAACAGUUGAACACGUUUUACGAGUUUCCGGGGAGCAAAUCAUAAAUGUAUUAUAGGCUAAUAAGUGGGAAUUCUGGAUGAUACAGUCAUCCAUCGGCGACAUGGUGCCGGCGGAGAUAGUGCAGCCAUAGAAUAUCCCUAAUAAACUUUUUAAAGUUCCAUAAUAAAAAAAAUCAGUUUCCUAAUGAAUUAUUCGUAGACAAACAGACGUAUCACUUGAAAUAAGUUGUAAUCGGAAUCAUCAUCACGAAAACAUGACCAUCCAAUGCUAAUCACGCUGUAUUUUGACAAGCUUCCACUAGGUGGUGGUAGUGAGCGAACGUUUAACAGAUAAAAAAUAUGCAAGCGCCGUGGGUGAGCGAUUGACGAACUACGGUAUAUUUGAAUGAACAUUACAGUUGAACCACCGACGAACCGACGUGACAGUGGUGAUUCAAAACUGUCCUCCCUCAAUUCAACAGUCGACCAGCAAAGCGAGCGAACCCUUCUGUCAAAUUAGCGCAGACGUGAACCUCUUCCUAUAUGAACACACGGGGGUGUGGGGUCAGGCUAGCAAAUCAACGCGAAUCGUUAUAGAGGUGGCGGUAGUGUUCGGCUAUUUUUCAUCAUGGCGUCGCGGACAAUAAAUUUGAAUUUGUUUGUUCUAGCUGUCAUGUCGGUUCGUCGGUGGUUGAACGAACGAUAAGAAGUGAGAAUAGUCAGACGCCUGUUCGUUUGAAAUAUCAUGUUAUUUUACUCAUUAGCUAUGACAGUCCAUGACAAUACAUACUGGUGAGGCUGAAGUUUGUUUCAAUGCUUAGUGUAGUUAGGAACUGAGAACUUGCUUUGCUUAUUGGGCAUUUUGUAUUCAAAGGAAGACACUUUUUACUUUUAAGUCUUAUAUUAACGACUGCUUGAUAAAUCUUCAAAUGUCGUGAAAUCUUUUAGCCUCCGUCUAAUCGAAAGUUUUUUUCAACAAGAAUUCAAUCGAAACAAAGGACCAGCGCAUGCGUGGGUGAUGUAUCACCGUACUGACCCUAGCAAUCAGCUGAUUUGAUCGUAUGACGAGAACGUUCGACCGCACGAACAGAAAGACGUACGGCCCUGCAUCCGUUUGCUUGCGCACAUAAAAGUACAAACAUUUCGAAUGAUUCACGCUAUCGCAAAGCGAAAGCACGUUGCAUCACUCGGCGGAACAAUCUGUGUUCCAGGUAAACGUAAUUAAGUAGCCUACGUUGGUACGUGGUAUGAAAUCAUCCAGAAACAAUUGGUUCCUUCUUACGAUAUUCUAAACUAUAUUUUUAACGGUUUUGGCCAAAUCUAACGCUCAAUUCAUCCAAAAAUUCAACAAUGCCCUCGAAGAUCCCUGUUAGUCAUUGGCACGAUUGGACAAGCUCGUUUCAUGAUUUGCAACCGUCGUCUUCAUCGCCACGCCAGUCAUCAAGAUGCAACCACCAAUCUACCAACCGUUCAAACAUACCAACAACGUGUUCGUUCCCAUACAUUGAUUCAUACAAUAUUUUCGAUUCAUUCAUUAAUUCAUUUCCUUCUUUUGGCUGGUGCACGUGGUGCGUCAUCGUAGGAAGCCGGCGCCGAUUUUUUUUUUGUGCAGAUGAACUCCACGCGAGCACGUCAUCAAUUUCCGCAAUGAUUAUAUUGGUUAGGGUGGAGGAGAAUGUGCAACGUUCAUCGUGAUUUGGAGUUCCUCCUCCAAAGGCGAUGAAUUACUAUUUGAAGGUUUGUGUGUGCGAAUGAACAAGCAGGUGUUGCCAGAUAAACUCGUCAAUAGUGUUGCAUUAUAGAUUAUAUGAGGAUAGAGUAAUUACGGUUCGUUCCGGUUUUGUAACUAUCCGUUUUUGUCACUAUCCGAUUUCGUCAACAUAUUGUUCCAUUUUUGUCAACACUCAAAGUUUCAUCAAAACUUUUUCCUCGAAUACUUGUAAUUUAUAGUUUAACAUUAAU